AUGUCAAGCGUGCAUCUCAAAGAAGAAACCAAUGAUGACACCUCGCUAGACGAGGAGUUUAGAAUCGCAGCGCAAGAGCAGCAGAACCCAAAUAAGCGACCAAGAGAGGACGAUGAUGAAGAAGAAGAAGAGGAACCCAAAGUGAAAAGCGGGGGUGACAACGGUGAAGAUGAUGGAGAAGGAGAAGACGACAAUGACAAUGAAAAUGAAAAUGACAACGACAACGACAACGACAACGACAACGACAACGACGAUGAAGAUGACGAUGAAGAUGACGACGAUGAUGACGAUGAUGAAGAUGAAGUAUCGAGUAGUCGAAGGAAGAGAAGAAAAGGAGGAGCCAACCAGUUCUUUGAUAUCGAAGCCGAGGUCGACGAGGACGAGGACGAAGACGCCGAGGAAGACGACGAAGAGGCGGAAAUGUUGAGGGAGCAGUUUAUCAGCGAUGACCACGCGCAUGAAGAUGCUGGUCCGCAACCCCAUGACGAUAGAUUGCAUCGAGAAUACGAUCGUCGUCGCCAAGUGGCAGAAGACCAAGAUGCAGAGCAGUUGGCAGAGACGUUGAAGCAGAGGUAUAAGAAGAGCCACGUGGUUUACCGAGGCGAAUCUUCAGCAAACGGACUCGUGUCUCAAAAGCUUUUGAUGCCCUCCAUCAACGAUCCUUCCAUUUACGCCAUCAAGUGCUCGCCGGGCAAGGAGAAGGAAAUUGUUCGAAAAUUGUACGAGAAAAAGCGAACUUUGGAAAGGCAAAGGAUGCCGCUAGAUAUAUUGACUGUGUUUCAGAGGGACUCAUUUAGAGGCUACGUUUAUAUCGAAGCCAAGAGACCAGAUGCAAUCGACAAGGCUAUCCAAGGUAUGGUGAACAUCUAUGGUAGGGACAAACUAUUAGUUUCCGUCAAGGAGUACCCUGACUUGUUGAAACAAGUCAAAUCGUCGGACGUUGAGCUUAAACCGGGCAUCUAUGUUCGAAUCAACAGAGGCAAGUACAAGGGCGAUCUUGCCAUUGUGGACAAUUUGUCAGAAAAUGGUUUGGACGUGAGGUGUAAAAUUGUUCCGCGUCUUGAUUACGGCAAAAACGACGAGAUCAUCGAUGGCAAAGUCGUUAAGCUGAGGAUCAGGCCACCUCCUCAAAGAUUUGAUCCGCAACAGGCCAAGAUGUACGAUGGGUUGAGUUUGCAGCAAAAGGGCGCCAGAGCCUAUAUUUACAAGGGAGACGAAUACGUCGAAGGUUACAUGUAUAAAGACUUCAAAUUGCAAUUCCUUCAAACGCAGGAUGUCCAGCCCACGUUGGGGGAGCUUGAACUCUUCCAAGCGGGUUCUGAAAGCGAAGAAUUGGACUUGAAGCGAAUUGUGAGCUCCCUCAAAAACAAAAGCUUGGGUGAAAGCAAUCAAUCAACGCCGUUCCAACCCGGAGAUAAAGUAGAGGUGCGGAGAGGCGAGCAAGCCAAAACCAUAGGUCUGGUGGUUGAGGCUUCCAUAGACGAAAUUGUCAUUAGAGUCACCAAAAGCGGAGACCCCAAAUUCAUAGACCUGAGAAUCACUGUGCCGCCCAGCGAUUUAAGGAAAAUCUUCCACGAGGGUGACCAUGUUCGUAUUGUUGAAGGUAAGCACUUUGACGAGACCGGUUUGGUCAUCAAAAUCGAAGGCGAUUCGGUGGUGUUGGUCAGUGACCAGACAAAAGAAGAUGUCAAAGUUUUUGCCAAUUAUUUGGUGAAAGCCACCGAUGCUUCGUCGACUGUCGAAAAGGGCAUGGACUCUGCCAAUUUGAAGUUCGAAAUCAAGGACCUCGUCGAGUUGAGUGCGACGACAGUCGGUGUGAUUGUCAAGGCCGAAAAGAACAUUUUCGAAAUUCUCACCACGGAUGGCAGAUUGAUGGACGUCAAGCCGUCUGCCAUUGCAUCCAAGGUGAGGCAAAGCCGCCAAGAACAGGUUGCCACAGACAAAAAUGGAUUCACGAUAAAAGUCGGCGACACCGUUAAGGAGUCUGUAGGAGAAAAAGGGCGUGAAGGUGCAAUCUUGCAUAUUUACAAAAACACCUUGUUUGUCAAGUCCAAUGAAUUAAUUGAAAACUUGGGUAUCUUUGUGGCCAACAGGAUGACCGUUAGCACAAUUUCCACAAAGGACUCGAUGGUUUCAAAGAGUUUUGGUCCAGAUCUCACGAGCAUGAACCCUAAAUUGAAAGCACCGGACUCGUUGGCUGUGCAGGGACUCAAGACCCGCUUUGGAGGAAGAGACAAGUUACUUUAUAAGGACGUUGCGAUAAGAGUUGGCAGCUACAAAGGUCUAAAGGGCAAAGUGUCAGAAGCAGAUGACGUUUACGCGCGGGUGGAAUUGCAUACAAAGAGCAAGAAAGUCAAGGUUCUCAAGACAGACUUGCUGGUCUUGAUCAGAGGCGAGGCGAUCCCGUAUCUCAAGUUUAUCGGAGGAAGUUCAGAAGCCGCUGUUCAACAAUUCCCCAAGCCGCUUGCCAGUGGAAUCAUCAACAACGCACAAGGCGACAGAUCAGCUUGGAAUGGGGGUGCUACUCCGGCAGCCGCAGGUGGUGCAUCGGCUUGGGGCCGCGGAGGCGCUUCUGCAUGGAAUGGCGCCGGCAGCGGCGGGGGUGGUAAGACCCCAGCUUUUGGCGGAACUUCGAGCUGGGGAGGUGCAUCGUCGUGGAACAGCGGAUCCAGUUCGACGUGGAACUCAAAGGGAAAUGCCUCGGCCUGGGGCGGAGCCGCAAGAAGUAGUGGAAUCGGGAAUGGUGGUAGUGGUGGUGCCGCUUCGACUUGGGGCUCUGCUGGUAAAGCUAAAGGCAAUGGCUCGACUUGGGGUGCCGCUGCAAAGGGGAACGGAUCCGCAUGGGGCGGUGCAGGCAAUGCGUCGACGUGGGGUGGCGCGGGAAGCAAUUCGACAUGGGGUGGAAGCUCUUCAAGCAAGAGAAGCGGCGGAGGAAGUAGUUGGGGGAAGUAA